GGCGUACCUGUGUUACGUGUAGCGCAGCAGCCGAGUCCACUAGGUACCUUUACAUAAGGUACCUACCUACCUAAGGUACCUAGGUAUCUAAACCUUAUAGCUGCUUAGAUAAUCCUACAUGGUUCCUUAUCGCCAAUUAUCGAUAAACACCUUAUCAUCCGCGCACGUUUUUCCGUCCGAAGAAAAAAAGUCCCAUCCAGGUGCGUGUGGGAACUUUUUUUUUUUCUGGGAUCCGUCUGAACUUUAGCUUGGCAGCAAAAUUGUUCGGAAAAGCUUCAAUCAAAACCUUUUUCUUUUUUUCCGAAUAAAAGAUUCCGUCCUCACCCCCCCUCCUCCAAUUGCGCGAGAACGUGAUCCGGCCAAGUCCCUAAUCUCGAGGAAAAAAAGAGAAACAUAACAUAAUAUCGUAGAGGUUCAAUUGACCUCGUUAUCGCACGUCGUCAUGUCGAGAGGAGCGCCGCGCGGUCGGGGCGGCUUCGGUGGAGGUCGUGGUGGUGGUGGAGGUCGAGGCGGCCGAGGCGGAUUCGGACAGCGCGACUUCGGGCCGCCGGACCAGAUCCUGGAGAUGGGCAGCUUCCUGCACGCGUGCGAGGGGGAGAUGGUGUGCGAGAGCAUCAACCCGAAGGUGCCGCACUUCAACGCGCAGAUCUUCCUGGAGAACAAGACGGCCGUCGGCAAGGUCGACGAGGUCCUCGGCCCCAUCAACCAGGUCUACUUCACCGUCAAGCCCUCCGAGGGCAUCCAGGCCGCCUCCUUCAAACCCGGCGACAAGUUCUACAUCGGCUCCGAGAAGCUCCUCCCCCUCGACAAGUUCCUCCCCAAGCCGAAACCCCCGCCCGGCGCACCCAAGGUCAAGAAGUCGAGCCGUGGGGGCCCCGGAGGCGGUGGUCGCGGAAGGGGUGGGCCGAUAAGAGGUGGUGGACGAGGUGGAUUUGGCGGCGGGUUUGGUGGUGGUAGAGGUGGUCCGUCAAGAGGUGGCCGCGGCGGAUUCGGUGGUGGUCGCGGAGGCGGCGGUCGUGGUGGAAGCGGUGGAUUUAGCAGAGGUGGUGGUGGUGGCAGUAGGGGACGGGGCGGUUUCAGCCGAGGAGGAGGUCGAUUCUAAACCCAACAAGAAAAAAAAAAGCUGGGAAAGCGAAGAUUUUCUAAUACCCCCCC